AGCAUUUAUGGGUUAUGUUGAGUUGUAGUGUCAGAAGUAAAAUAAUUUUUUUUAUAAAAAUUUAAAGAACAUCGGCAAUCCCUACUCGAAAAUUAUGACAGAGAAAUUAAUGGAAGGUAAUCCCGAUCUUGUAACAAAUGGAUCAAUUUCUACAGAAAGAACUGCCACCAAACCAAAAUCAGGUUUAAUGAAACUAUCAAGCUAUGUUUUAGCACUGAGACCAUGGUCUCUUAGUGCAAGUUUAAUGCCAACGCUGCUGGGCUCAACAAUUGCAUACAAAUAUCCGGGAUCUACAGACUUCAAUUACAUUACUCUAUUAUUGACUUUGUUUACUGUGGUGUCAGUGCAUGGGGCAGGAAAUGUAGUGAACACCUAUUUUGAUUACGUGAAAGGCAUAGAUAAUCGAAAAUCAGAUGACAGAAUUCUUGUGGACCAUAUACUGAGCAAAGAUGAAGUGGUUUCACUGGGAGCAUUAUUGUAUUUUGCAGGAUGUGUUGGAUUCAUUCUUCUAGCUAGUUUAUCACCUGCAAAAAUGGAGCACUUAGCUUUAGUGUAUUUUGGAGGCCUAUCAUCAAGUUUUCUGUAUACUGGCGGAAUUGGAUUUAAGUAUAUUGCCCUAGGAGAUGUGUUAAUUUUAAUCAUAUUUGGUCCGAUUUCAGUUCUUUUUGCAUUUAUGUCGCAAACUGGGCGAGUUGAAUGGGCUACAAUUUAUUAUGCAAUACCUCUAGCAUUAAAUACAGAGGCAAUCUUACAUAGUAACAAUACCAGAGACUCAGAGUCUGAUAAAAAAGUAGGCAUAGUUACAUUGGCAAUUAUAAUUGGUCAUACAGCUUCUCAUGUACUUUAUGCAUUUUUGUUAUUCACCCCAUAUAUAAUGUUCAUGGUAGCUUCAUUGAAGUAUUCCAAAUGGUUUAUGUUGCCUUUAGUUACUUUGCCAGGAGCAUUUAAAAUUGAAAAACAAUUCAGAACUAAGGAUAUUCAUACUGUACCAAAGAAAACUGCCAAACUGAAUCUUUUUUUUGGUGUUUUAUAUGUUCUAGCAUGUAGUUUGGUACCAUCUUUACCAUAUAUAACAAAAAGAUAGAUGUUUGAGAUAUUGUUAAUUUUAUUUUUUCUCUUCAGAACAUUGUUCUCUGUAUUAAAAAAUUUAAUUAUUUUCUGAAGAGAUAGUUUUUAUAUUCUAAGAAAUAUCAUCUUGAAGACAACUUUGAACAAGGUACCUAGACUUAACAGAAGUAAGCAUGUAUUUACUUCAAUUCCCAUAGGAAAUAUUAUAAAUAAUUAAUAAUUUAUUUCAGCAUGAGCUCAUACAUAUUUUUCUGAAAGUAUGAAUUUAUUGAAAGAAUUCAGUUCAUUUAAAUAUCAGCGAGAAAAAGAAAAACACUAAGCAUUGACAGUUGUUGAAAUAAUCAGUGUGGCAAUGUAGUAAGUUAUUGAUAGGAAUAUCAACUGGAUUGAAAAAUAUUUUCGUGGAACUGGAAAAUAUACCAAAAUUUGGUAUCUUUGGAAUCAGAUUGAUUUUGCUAGUAUAAAAAAAACACUGCUUUCCUAGCUUAUGGAGUGAGUGGCUAUGACGAAUAAAAGAUGAUGGCUCGAGGUAAGAGAUUUUGUCAUUUUGUAUUGAAAACUAGUCAACAUGAUGUAAUAUGAAGCAUGUCUUAUAUAAUGUAUUUCAAAGUUUCAACUAUAGGUGUGAUUCAGAUGGGCUUUCUAUUGACUUAAGUUACAUACUAUAAAAAAAAUGGAUUUUUUUCAAAUCGCUUGUAGACUUUUAGUGAUCUUGCAAUGUUUUCAUAAUCUAUCAUGUCAAAUUUCAACUAAAAGGGUGUCGUAGUAUUCAAAACCUAUUCUAUCGCUACAAAAAGUAAUCAAGCAAGUCUGAAACAGGACUGAAAUGAAGUAAAUCCAUUACCAUUGAAUAACAUGAAAAAUUAUGAGACUAUUCCAUGAAGAUGAGACUGGUUCAUACACUUUAAUAAAAGGAGGCAACUAUAGAUUUUCUCUCAAAAGAAAUUGCAAAGCAAGCAUUAAAGCUAACUAUUUGGGAACUUUUAGCAGCUGAUAAUGUUGCUGCUGUUGAAAGUAAGAAAGUAAUUACUACUUAUUAAUUGUUGAAAUGUUGAGCAAUCACGAAGAAACUGAUACCCGUUUCAUUCUGUAUAUUUCAGGUUGCACUUCAACUUCUUGAAAUAUCCAAGUAACCAAAAUUCAUACCUGUACACGAUAUUGAAAGAAAAAUUUACUUUAAAGGGAGAAGUACUUUUUCAGAUCAAAUAAAAAAAUGUAUUUAUCUAGUUUUAGAGAAUUAUUGGAAAAUAUACACGAUUCGAUAACAAAGAACUCAAGAAGAUGGAGACAUCAGUCAUUCAAAUGUAUAACAGCAAAAAGCUGUCAUUUGAAGAUAUAAAUAAAGUCAACGGCUUAAGCAUUGUUCUCACACGUAAUGAACUUUGACAAACUUCCACUGGCAAGAUAUGUUUCCAAUCAACACUUCAAAUGGGCACUUUAUCACAUUUUUCUGAUGGACUGUUGACAAAGCCUGUGGUAAUCAUACUAUUACCGAUUCCGGUUGGAAGAUACAGAAUGGACAUCUAGGUCUCAUAAAAGGCCUGAAUGACCCAAUAUCACAUAAAUACCUGGAGCUCAUUUUUUGCAAUUAUUGGUCGGGUUUGAAUAUUUUCUGCCAUAGUGGCGCUGAGAAAAAACAAGAGUUCAUGAAAGAUAAUUCUCAUAUAUGUGGAGUGUUUUAGAAUGAUUAUGAAAGAAGGUUAACGAUUGAUAUUUUUUCCUGUGUGUGAUGAAACUGGCACAUACUUGAUGGAAAUUCAUUCAAAUAAUACUUCAUUGUGAGUUUUUUCCCCAAAAGUUUACAAAACAGUGACACAUGUUUCAGUAUUGAACAUGCCUGAAGGACCUAUUGUAUAUUGAAACCAGUGUUAUGGUUUUGUAAACUGUUAAGUGAAAAUAUUACAAUAAAGUGUUGUUAGAAUACAUUCCCACCUCUUUCCGAAAGAUGUUGUGUAGUGAAAUAUGCUCUCCAGACUGAUAUUUCAUUUCAAUUUCAUUCCUAUACUAACCUUGAACACCUGAAAAACCAAUCUCUGACACCAACCUAGACAUUGGCAAUCCUUGCGGUAUUCUAUGAAAAAUAAAUGGAUUGAAAAUGAAAAAACAUCUGAUAUUAUAUUUUUUAGUUCAAUUGUAAUGGAUGAUGAAUAUUUCAGUCCUUCAAAUAUCAACCAGUAUCUACCGAUUCGGUUAGCAUAUAACUCCAGACGAGGAGGAGGUAGUAAAAUAGUCAUAAAUAAGUUAUGUUUCACCUGCUUUCCAUGAUUUGAAGUCAAUCAUGAAGCUAAAAACCAUUGGAAAAUAAUUUAUUAGAAAAAAUCUGAUAUAAACUAGGUUACCAGAUUUUUAAAAAAUUCUAAUUUUAUUUUUUAUUUUGUUAAUAUCUUAGGAAUGAUACCAACAGCUAACAUUUUCAAUAAUAUUCGUUUGACUUUUGGGAAAGAAAAGUUUUGGCUUUCUACUUCUCCAUCUUUAUGCAAAAGUGUGGGAAUCUUUCAAAGAAAGGAAGGAAGCAAUCCAUUUCAAAAAGGUAACUAUAACAAGAUGUGUAGAUCAUGCAAAGAAAUAACUUUCAGACACAAACUGAAAGAAAAGCUCUCUCGUAAUCGCUACUUUCA